UGCCUCAAGAGCGUGCUGCUCACCUACAGCCUCGUCUUCUGGGUCUCGGGCAUCGUGCUGCUCGCCGUGGGCGUGUGGGGCCGCGUGAGCCUCGCCGUCUACUUCUCGCUGCUCGACGAGAAGGCCACCAACGUGCCCUUCGUGCUGGUGGGCGCCGGCGCCGUCGUCGUGCUCCUGGGCACCUUCGGCUGCUUCGCCACGUGCCGCGGCAGCACCUGGAUGCUCAAGCUGUACGCCAUGCUGCUGUCCCUCGUCUUCCUCAUCGUCCUGGUGGCCGCCGUCGUCGGCUUCGUCUUCAGGCACGAGAUCAAGGCGAACUUCGAGACCAACCUUAACCUGGCCCUGAGGAAUUACAACGCGACGGUGGAUCAGCACAGCGAUGCCGUGGACACCAUCCAGAGAACACUCCACUGCUGCGGGGUGCAGAACUACACGGACUGGGAGAAGACCGAGUACUUCRCCCAGAGGGGAAUCCCACAGAGCUGCUGCAAGAGCCAGGACUGCCCGGAGGGGGAUCUGAAGGACCUGAGCAAAGCCAAGGCCAAAGUCUUUGUGGAUGGCUGUUUUUUCCUCGUGACAUCGACGAUGGAGUCAAAAAUGAGCAUUGUGGCUGGAAUCUCCUUCGGCAUUGCGUGCUUCCAGCUAAUUGGCAUCUUCCUGGCGUGCUGCCUGUCCCGGCACAUCACAAACAAUCAGUACGAGAUGGUGUAGCUGGCCCCAGCACGCUGCGGCUGUGACCAAGGGAAUUCCCUCUGCUCUCCCGUGUCUGGGGAAAGCGUAGCCAUCUUCAAUAUUCCUCCGGACGCCGCUUCGUGGAAUCACGCUUUGAAUCGACUGAUCUUCUUCUCAACUGGCUCCUAGAAACGAGUGCAACAGCUGUUCUGUUGCGCUCAGGGACUUGUCCUAACACUACUCUGCUGUACCACUGAGUGGGAUAAUUAGUGUAGCUGAGGUGGUUACAGUAAGUGCGUUCCUGCGGGCGCUGCAGUCGCGGCUCUCGCCUCAGCCAUGCACUGAAGUGCCGUGUUGAAGCAGACGCUGCUGUCAGACCGUGCUGGCGGCCUCGCGGGACUCUCCCGUGCUCUUAUCUGGUGCCUCCGCGGGRAAAGCGGCGCUUUCUCUCAUCUCUGACCUCUGCUCCCGGCCUUUGAAAUCCCAGCGCUGUUCAGGCUCGCUCACUGGAUGGGGUUGCUCUUGAGAUGGGGCUGAUGCCCCAUUAAAAACUGCCCUGCCUGCCUGAAGCUCUUUGUUCAGCAAGGCCUCAGCUUGUUCCCAGGUUUUCUCGUCCCCAUGCUGGGUUUUAUAUACUUUUUUAUAGUUGUACUUUUUUAAGGAGUCAUAUUCCUUUCUUAAUCAGGCCGUAGUGAUUCUUUGUUAGUUGUAGCAAGGUUUGGUGAUGUAGCUCCUGGUGCCUUUAUCCUGGUAGGUGUCCUUGCACCGAGUCAGCUGUGACUUGAUUGUCAGUAUUAUAUGCUGCUUUAACUCGUUUUGUUUGUUGAGUAGAACACUUUUGUCACGGGAUACAAUAAAUAUUGAAAUAUUUUACUCUA